AAUGAACAAACCUUAUAUAGUAAAGAGUACUUCUUUCACAGAAUGAAUCAUGAAACCCAUUUGGAUCCAGCAUCCCUUCUUCAAAUAUUUACAAACAUCGAUGACACUGAAGAUGGGGACAUCAUCUAUACUAAUGACUUUAUUUUCAACCUCCUCUACACCAUCCACCUUUCAUCAAAACAUGAAGAUCAACUUCUCCGAACAGCCAGGUCCCUGGCUAAACAGCAGCUUCCGGCCACCAAUCAAAUCUUCAGGUUUGGGGAUGUCCUGCUUCACAAUGACAUUUGGAGCCAUCUCUAACCUUACAGCUCUGGGAAUCUUGGCUAAGUCCCGUGUCCGGUUCCGCCGCCGAUCCAAAGCACCGUUUCUGCUGUUAACAGUGGCACUGCUUUUGGCUGACCUAGGGGGUCAUGUGAUCCCAGGGGCCUUUGCUUUGUAUCUUCACAAUCAGAGGUUUAAAAUGCAGGCAGGGAAACCCACCAAGGAAUUUUGUCAGAUUUUUGGGGCAACUAUGGUGUUUUUUGGCUUAUGUCCUUUGCUGUUGGGAUGUGCUAUGGCAGUGGAGCGCUGUGUGGCCAUCACCCAGCCCUUUUUUCAUGCUGCUAUGGUCACAUUGGCUCACAUGGUGCGAGUUGUGUUCUUUCUGUCCUCUCUUGCACUUUUCUUAGCAGUUCUACCUUUAUUUGCUGUGGGGACUUACACUACACAGUUUCCGGGAACAUGGUGUUUCUUGCCCAUCCAUGGAUCCAAGUCUAAAGCUGAAACAAAUCUGGUCAUGAUAUUUUCCUUUCUGGGCGUCACUGCACUCGCUCUGUCCCUUCUAUGUAACGUAUUGAGCAGUAUUGCUUUGCUGAAAGCCAGAAUAAAGUCCCACACUGUUAAUACAAACCCAGCAGCUCAACGAACUCGUCACUCAUCAUCUGCAUCAUCUUCAUCUAUGUUUUGUUCGUUGGACUUGGAGAUGAUGGUGCAACUGGCAGUGAUCACAGUGGUUUCCUGUGUAUGCUGGGGCCCUUUUCUUAUCCACAUUCUUGUGAUGCAAUUCAACCAAAGCCCCAGAGCCUCAGGACACGAAAGGGAUGGGUUUAUUCUACUGGGCUUGCGCAUGGCCUCGUGGAAUCAGAUACUGGACCCUUGGGUGUACAUCCUGCUGAGGAGAGCAGUGCUUUACAGAGUUUGCUGUGCUUUCUACACACAGAGACCCACAGUGACAGAAAAUAGCUCCUAUGCAGAGACACACAGGCAGGCUUUCAGUCUGCAAUGAUCAUAUUGUUUUUAAACAGAAUCUUUUAAGGGACUACAUUAAAUAAAUUAUUUCUUUGAUGUUUUUUGUUGAAAAAAUAAAAAUAUGAUACUGUA